AUGCAUGUUAUGACUACUACUACUGGUAGAACAAGGGUUCUGCUACUGCGAGGCUGGAGUUCGAGUGGCUGUGACGUAAAUCGACUCCGACGACCGUCAUUAUCACCACCACCAUUGCCAUCACGGGCAACGCAUGAACCUGGAUCUGGACCUGGCUCGUUAUGUUGCCGCUUCCAUACCAGCCCAUUGCACCGCACUGAUGGCGUCUUCCGCGAACUGACGGCGAUGCGUGUCCGCACGCCUUGGAUAGAGGCGCUGCGACAACAACAGGCCGACCGUAUCGAGGAUGCCCAGGCUGCGGACAUGCCUGUAGUGCCCAAAGACGGCCAUUUGACCCCCAAACGCAUGGAUGAUAGCUAUCAUGCUGUUGUGUUGCCGCUCGCUCAAGAUGCGUGGCUGCUGGAUACGUAUCUCAACUCGUCUGGCCAUAUCCGUCUCGGUACCAUCUUCAUGGACCUUGAUGCGCUGUCUGGCAUCAUUGCAUAUAAGCACACGGGUGACCAUGUCACGACCGUCACCGCCAGCUGCGACCGCAUCACCAUACACUCCCCGCUGGUGGAGAUUUGUGACCUGGAGCUGUCUGGCCGCGUGACGUACGCCACCGGUCGGAGCAGUCUAGAGAUUACCAUGCAGGUUGCCAAGGCUCCUAAACCGGGAAAUAGGGUCCGAGACGAAGAUGUCCUGAUUAACUGCACCUUUACCAUGGUCUCGCUAGACCCAGCGACGAAAAGGCCGGUCAAUGUAAACCCAUUAAUUGUCGAGACUCCCGAGGAGAAACGUCUGUAUGCGUUGGGGGAACGUAAUUCCAAGAUUCGGAAAGAGCGUCGAGAUACAUCGCUCCUCAAACACACGCCCAACGAUCUCGAGAGCGACCUCAUACAUGCAUUCUGGCAGAAGCAACUCCAAUAUCACGACCCGUACGACGAGCUCCGAAAGCCAGACAAUGUUGUCCACAUGGACGCUACCCGCCUCCAAACAGCCACCAUCAUGCAGCCGCAAUACCGGAAUCGCCACCACUUUAUGAUCUUCGGUGGUUUCCUCCUCAAGCAGACUUUCGAGCUGGCCUUCACAGCUGCCGCAGCCUGCGCACACGCCCGGCCGACGUUCGUCUCACUCGACCCUUCCACCUUCCAGAACCCCGUUCCGGUCGGCAGCAUACUGUAUUUGACAGCAACAGUAGUGUACACUGAUCCACCUCUCAUCGGUGCACCUGAUGAAAAUUUUGACCAGGGCGAGGAGUAUACAAGAAUUCAGGUACGGGUGGACUCGAAAGUACGAGACGUGGAGCAUGGUCACUCUAAGCCCACCGGUCAGUUCAAUUAUACAUUCACGGUGCCCAGGAACAUACGAGUCAUGCCACGGACGUACCAGGAGUUUAUGAUGUACAUUGAUGCACGGCGGCGAGCCCAACAAGUCAAACGUACACUCGAAGAAGGCUUUGGGCUCAGCCCUAAGACGGCAGAAGAGAGCUUGACCGAGUAA